GUAAACCCAUCUACCCCGUCCUGUCUUGAAGCCGCUGCGGAUCUGAGCAUCGAGCAGCUAGACGUAUAAUCGCUGGCUGCCGAUUCGACACCACCCGUCGUUGAAGUUCACUGGCUCAAAGGGGAUAGGGCAUGUGAGGCGCCACGCCAUCACCGCUGCCCCGCAUGCCGCCCGGAGCUCCGCCUCGAACCGUCCAUCCCGCCGCCACUACCCCGGGGUCAGCUGAACUGUGUAGCGGGGUAUUUGAGAGAGGAGCGAAGAAUCCCCAAGCCAAUACCCAUCCUCCUUGACCUUGUACUCCCAUCUCUCGCUGCCAUGUCCGACAUCCCUCUCGAGCAGCACACUGUCAAGCUCGUUCUCAGCAGCCUCUGCGCGCCGAGCCCUUCGAUCCCAGAGCACUUCGUGUCCCCUCUGCUCGCGAAGCGGCACGCAUUACUCGAUCUCUCUCCCGAGCAGGACGCGGAGGCCUACCUGCUCUGGCCGUCCGAUGACAACGCUCGGAUCAUGGGCGCACUGCGCGUUCUCCAGGUCUCCGACUACGACUUCUAUCCCAUCCAGUACACCGCUGAUCCCGAGUCUGUUUUCGCGCACGUACACGUCCGUUCUAACGCCGCCGAUGAAGUGCGCGUCGUCUUCAACUGGGACGCGGAGGACGCGCAGUGGAAGUACCACAACGUUGGCCUGAUGCCGUUUCCGGCGAAUAGCCACACGUCGCUGGAGGAUGCGCUGAAGGAGGGGACGCCGGGCCCAUCGUCGGGGCAUGCGCAGGCUCCGGAGCCUGUGUAUCACGACGAUGACGACUACUGGAAUGCGUACGGGCAGGAUGAUGACGGUGACGAGGAGCCGUCGCACCAUACCGCGCACCAGCACCAGGACGGAUCCGAAGACGCCUACUGGGCUCAGUAUUCUGCCAUUCAUGGCACGGCCGAUUCGACGAUCCCCUCCCCUCUGCCUGCUCAGAAGCGCCGUACACACUACUUCGAGCAUGCCGACGACGAGAGCGUCCUCGCUGCCGGGUUCGCCUCCAUGCGCCCUCGCCUCCCAUCCGACCCACCAUGCCCUGUCGAUCUCAACAACAGGCUGGAGAAUAUCUCGCCUCGCUCAAACUCCCCCAUCAUGAUGGCGGACGAUCAUGAGCUCGAGGCGCGUCGCUUUGGGGAGGAUGCCGAGGAGGAGGGCGACUCAGCGUCUACUGGCACGCUUGGGGACCUAUCCGCCGCACCCUCUCCGAAGGCAGGUGGAGACAAGGAUGAAAGCGUCGUCGCAAGCAUCGCCGUGUUCGACGAAGAGACGGAGGCUUUGAAGGACAGCAUCAAGGGUCUGUAUAAGCUCUGGAAGCUGAAGCGGGGUAUGACGGUGAAGGGUAGCGACGAUCUCGCACGUCUCGCGUUCACUGCUGUGGUCAGCGAUGCAAUCGCGACGGCGUGAGAUGGUUCUCAUGCGCGCACGUCGGCGUGGGAUUGUCCGUAUACGCUAGUCUACUUGACACAUACACUCAUCAUGAUUCAAUUGAUUCGUUUGCAUGUC